UCAACACCCCCGCCGUUUCAAUCAUCGCAGAUUAAACAUUCCCACCCAGACCUCAUCCAGAGUGCCCAUGUGACGCUGCAGCCAAUGGCGCGUCGCAUUAUUCUCAGCCGGCCCUUACGUCGGAACAGAUUUGGCAAGGGUGCAUCUCACUGCGAUCCGGUACCUGGAACAAGGCCAGCCUCUUCCGCCGCGAGAGGGAAACUGUCAUGCUCUGGGCUUGGCUAAUUGGUCUCAACUCCGAACGAUGAUGCUGCUGCUGCCAUCAACCGGGGUAAAAGCAAAAUGUAUUUAACGCGAGGGCCGCGCCAGCAUGGGUCGGGUCCUGUGGCCGCUGCUGUCUGCUUCCCUUGGUCUUUUCGUCCGGUCUGUCCCUGUGUCGCUGCUAGAAGAAGUUCUUCAAGAUGAAGGGCUCUAGCUUCUUCAAGGCGGCUUCGCUGCUGUCCCCUCUCUUUGCCUCCAGUGCUCUCGCGCAGGGUGCAUACACCGACGCUGCCACCGGAAUCACUUUCUUCCAGCAAUCUGUUGACGAGAGCCAGACCACUGGUGGCUUCCAAUGGGGUUAUGCAUUGCCAGAGACCGGCUCCGGCAACGCCGAAUACAUUGGCCACAUAGUCGGUUCUUUGAGGACUGGCAGGAAGGGUUGGUCAGGUGUCAGUCAUGGUGGCGGCAUGCCCAAUUCUCUUCUGCUUGUGGCAUGGCCUGAUGGCGAUGCUGUGAAGACCAAGUUCGUCUAUGCAGGAGGAUACGUCGCCCCAGAUGACUACACCGGAAACGCGACCUUGACCCAGAUCUCGCACAAGAUCAACGACACGCACUUCGAAUUGAUCUACAGGUGCCAAUGGUGCUGGGUCUGGAACCAGAACGGCGCAGCGGGCUCCCAAAUUCCGGAUGAGGUCCAAGUCAUUGGCUGGGCCCAGAACAACGAUGUACCCCCCACUCCAUGGAAGUUCCACGACAACGGACAGUCUCAAUUCGGUAUUGAGGUUGCCUCUGCUCGCAAUGCUAAAUAUACACAAUGGGCUGCCUUGGCUGGCAACGGCACAACGACUCCUACGCCGACUCCUUCUGGUGGAGUGACCCCCACUCCGACUCCUACUGGCCCGACGGCGUGCGUUGGCACACCCGUCCCAACCGAUACUUAUGACUACAUCGUCGUUGGUGCUGGUGCUGGUGGUAUUCCUGUUGCAGACAAGCUCUCUGAGGCCGGCAAGAAAGUCCUCCUGAUUGAGAAGGGCCCGCCAUCCCUAGGACGAUUCGGCGGAACCAUGAAACCCGGUUGGCUCAACGGCACCGACCUUACUAGAUUCGACGUUCCAGGUCUCUGCAACCAGAUCUGGGUCGAUUCUGCUGGCAUAGCUUGCACCGACAUUGACCAGAUGGCCGGAUGCGUUCUCGGCGGAGGCACUGCAGUCAACGCUGCCCUGUGGUGGAAGCCCGUCGCAAUUGAUUGGGAUGAUAACUUCCCAAGCGGUUGGAAGUCUACAGACAUGAAGUCCUCGAUUGACGCUGUCUUCAAGCGCAUUCCCGGUACUGAUACUCCUUCCAUGGACGGCAAGCGAUACAGGCAGGAAGGUUUCGAAGUCCUUUCCACCGCUUUGUCUGCAGGUGGCUGGAAGCAGGUUGUCGCUAACGAGCAACCGGACCAGAAGAACCUCGUCUACUCCCAUUCUCCUUUCAUGUACGAGAAUGGACAGAGGCAGGGCCCUCUCGGCACGUACCUCGUUACUGCUAUGAAGCGAAACAACUUCAAGCUCUGGAUGAACACGAGGGCCAGGCGUGUUGUUCGCACUGGCUCAAAGGCUACUGGUGUUGAGCUUGAGGGUGGCUACUGCGGCACUGUCAACCUCAACCCGGGUGGCCGUGUCAUUCUUUCCGCAGGAACCUUUGGCUCAUCCAAGAUGCUCUUCCGAAGCGGUAUCGGCCCCAAGGACCAGCUCACCGUCGUCAAGGACAGUGCUGUUGAUGGUGCUACCAUGAUCAACGAGACGCAAUGGAUCAACCUUCCGGUUGGCCAGAAUCUGAACGACCACGUCAAUACCGAUCUCGUUAUCCAGCACCCCAACGUCUCUUUCUAUGACUUCUACGAGGCAUGGGAUACCCCUAACUCGUCUGAUGAGGAUGCCUACCUUAACCACCGCUCCGGAAUCCUCGCUCAGUCUGCUCCUAACAUUGGUCCUCUCGCUUGGGAGGUCGUCAAGGGGUCAGAUGGCAAAGACCGCCAGCUGCAGUGGACUGCUCGUGUUGAAGGCCCCAAGGAGAACGACACUCACUCUAUGACCAUCAGCCAGUACCUUGGCCGUGGCUCUACCUCGCGCGGAACUCUUUCCAUCAACGGAGCCCUCAACAUCUACGUCUCCAAGGCUCCUUACCUCCAAGAUCAGGCCGAUACCGACGCUGUCAUCGCUGGCCUCAAGAGCAUGAUGGCGGCUGUUGCCAAGGUUCCGUCCAUCACCUGGGAGGUGCCGACCGCCAACAUGACCGUUGAAGCCUAUGUUGCUAGCCUUCCCAAGACUCCUGCUGCUCGUCGGGCCAACCAUUGGAUUGGCACUGCGAAGAUUGGAACUGACAGCGGUCUCACCGGCGGAACGUCUGUCGUUGAUACCAACACCCAGGUCUACGGCACCGACAACAUCCACGUCGUCGAUGCUUCCAUCUUCCCUGGCCACAUCACCACGAACCCGACAUCGUACAUCGUCACCGUCGGCGAGCACGCCGCCGCCAAGAUCCUCGCCCUCGGCAGCGGUUCAUCCACGCCUACCAAACAGGCUGGUGCGGUACGUGUUUAAAAGAUUCUCUCAUUUUAAAGAACCAAAAAUGGCGGUUAAGGAUAUGGUGUCGUCACAUGCGCCGCUGCACACUGCGCUGGGCUUGGCUAUAAACUACGAGGAGCUGAUGUUGUUGAUUCUACAGUAUCAGCAAUGCGGCGGCAAGAAUUGGAAAGGCCCUACUACGUGUGUGAGCGGCUACAAAUGCAAGGCGCAAGGGUCCAAAGUCAGCCGCUGCCUUCCGGCCUAGAAUUGUAGAAGUACAUUAGGCUACGAGAUAUUCCUUUUGCUGCAGCACCC